AAAAAAACAAAUCCUCCCAAGUAUCAUCAUUCUCAUCCAGAUCUCUUGCCGUGUUUGUAUAUCUUAAAAACAUAUUUUCUAUACCCUUUUGUGUUCCAUUCUAAAUUGCAUUUUCUUCCUUAAGAGAUAACUUCAUUAGCCUUUCCAAACCCUUUUAGCAUAUAUUUUCUACAUUUGAGGAGUUGACUUCAGCGCCAUGAAUCCAAGAAGCUCUUCAACAGCUUAUGGUGCCCGUAGCUUUGCCACCUUGCUGAUAUGCCGCUAUAGAGUUAGUCAGGGGAGCUCAAUCGGUGUUCAGGCCCACAAGCAUAUCAGCGGAGAUAUGAGGCUUUCCAAGAUGGGGUAUGGCAUUGGUAGCUCAAUGCACCAAGCCCUAACCAUUUCCCGUGGCAAUUCUACAAAAAGACCAGAGUCUAAAAUGGAAGAGGAAGAUACCUUACAUAUUAUGCCGUCUGAUCCAGCUUCUCCAAAGCCUAGCAUCUUUUAUUGGGUAAAAUGGGUUUUGGGCACGAUCUUGCCCUUGCUCUUCUCAUCAUGGAAGCAAAAAUGGGACAGCAUGCUAAAGCUAGAAGAUAAGCUGGAAGAGGUUGUUAAAGAGGUUGAGGAAGUGGCCGAGGUGGUAGAAAAAGUUGCGUCCACAACCGAAAAAUUAUCAGCAGAGGUUGCAGAGAAUCUAAACAAUGGUGAAAUGAGAGAAAUUGCUCUGAUGGUAGAACAUGUAUCUAGUGUUACUGUAAAGGAUGCUCGAAUGACCCAAAAUUUCCUCCACAAGGUUGGUGAUCUGAAGCAAGACUUGGCAGAGUUGGAGGAUUUGGUAGAAUCCGUCAAAGAUAAAAUCGAACACAAAAAGUAGAUAAUGAACAAAGGAUACAUUUUCAUUAGAUAUCUUACUUCUGUCGAAAAAAUUGUAAAUUAAUGUAUCUUGUGUGUAUAUAUUCAGCAGAUAUGCUAAAUCGUGUAUAUAAAAUUAAUACCAGGAUUAUGAAAACCGUGAGAGAACUCGAGAUAG